GCAGUUGAACAUAGGGACAAGCCCCUGGGGGAAAGUGAGUCUUUGGCGUGGGCUUCCGCAGUGUUCAGAACACGACACUAUGUAGCCGCCAAACCCCCACGGCAAAUUGUUACUAUGUAGCCUAGCAUAUCAUCCCCGCGUAAAAACUCCUCCACACAUCAGGGAAAGAAUGGGCGAGUUCGUUUUGAAUCGGCCGGUGCCCCGGGUGAACCGAGUUUACGUAUUUUAGCCGAUUCCGUUCGUCCUAAAGAGAGAUAAACCAUCCGGGGCAGCGGGCAAUGCAAAAUGAACUCACUCAAUACAUUUGCUGUGGCUGAUGUCUAGUGACCGACUUCCGCCCCAUGUCUUCAGUUCUGCAUCAGCCGGCAAAGGCAAGCAGUUGAGCUACGACGCCAGGGGAGGUAGACGAACAGAUGUUGUCAAACGAAGGAAUGGAAACUUGACAUUAACUUUGAAUAGGAAAAGAGAGUAAACGUCGUCGUGGUCAGCUGUCGUAUGUGGACGCGGUGGUGAAACUGGAGGGGAUAGGGCGACAGGGAGAAGCUGAUGAAUACGUUUCAUUUGAGGAGGCGGACCCCUCACUGCGUCUUCGAUAUGCUGAAAGCAGGCCCGGUGUGUUCAUACUGUAUGUGGAAGUACAGAUAGGUUACUAUUCUGUCUUUAUUCAACCAUGAGGAUCGGAUACAUUGUCCUUUAAACCGCGUUGGACACACCGCGUAUUAUUUCCUGGCAGCGAGCUGGAGCCAAUUCAUUUGGUCGUGUGUUUUUUCAGACAGAAGAUACCAUACCUCUACCCAUUGGCACUUUUUUCUUUGGAAGUUGACUUCAAAGUAGAGUGUGCUACCGGUUUGUCUCAUAGAGCGAGCUUGAAAUCGUUCUAUAAGAUCUGAGUAACGCAUGAGGGGAGUCGCUUGAGGUCUAGCCUACUUCAUGCCACGCACUGGAGCAGGCCUAUCGUUUUUGGAUGGACUUUUGAAGUAUUAUGGCCUAAUUUUUGACGUUGCGAACUCUUGAAUUGGAUAUUUUUUUUUGUAGAUAGGCCUAGCCUAUUCAUUGUCAUUAUCUACAGCCUAUAGAUGCAAAUAGUGGAGCAUUUCUAAACACCAACAGCUCCUAGUCUAUUUCGCUGUUAUCUAUUCAUAUGUGGUAUUUAUCUAAACACAGCGGGUUUUUUAAGGGUGAUGCAUUUUAUCUAACUGUCGUCUGACGUUUCAUUCUUGUGGCUCGACAUAUUCGAAUAUUUAUACCCCAAACGCAAUUCUCCAGGUAGUCUUUACACCCGGCGGAAUCCUUGGAGAAAGCGUUCCAUUUCGGAAUAGACAUUAUUUUUGUAUUCUCUCUUCACACGGAAAAUAAUUAGUGGCUUCUCCCACGAUGAGUUACUUCUACCAAGCAGUGCUUCUAUUGCUACGUGGACUCGUCAUCUCUGCGGUACUGGGAUUGGAAAGCAGUUACUCAACCGAUCUGUCGACCCGUGCUUCUAAUGCCGCAAUUGUAGCCACUACAGACCCCUGUCUGACAGUGAUGCCUCCAUGCAUGGGUGACGCAGACCGUUUCAGCCUGGAGGCCCUCCGGGUCAUUCACAAACAGCUGGAUGACGACAAUGACGGGGGAAUCGAGGUCAACGAGAGUGUAGAGUUUAUUAGAGAAGAUAUGAAGCAACAACAAACUAACAAACACAGUAACCUUCACAGGGAAGACCAACACAUCACUGUGGAAGAGCUGUGGAAGGGCUGGAAAACCUCAGAAGUUCAUAACUGGACGACGGAGGACACAGUCCAGUGGCUGAAGGAAUCUGUGGAGCUGCCUCAGUACGAGACGAGCUUCAGAGAGUUCCGGAUCAAUGGAAACACUCUGCCUCGAUUGGCGGCGAACGAACCGUCGUUUAUGUCGGGUCAGCUGAAGAUAUUAGACCAGCGACACAAACAGAAACUCAAUCUCAAAGCACUAGAUGCUGUGCUCUUCGGCCCUCCCUCACGUCCGCAACACAACUGGUUGAAGGACUUUGUGUUGAUGGUAUCUAUAGUGAUCGGGGUGGGGGGCUGCUGGUUCGCUUAUAUCCAGAACAAGUCUUCCCGGGUCCACAUGGGUCAGAUGAUGAAGGACUUGGAGAGCCUGCAGAGUGCUGAGCAGAGCCUCAUGGACCUACAGGGACGGUUGGAGAAGGCCCAGGAGGAGAACCGCACAGUGGCGGUGGAGAAGCAGAACCUGGAGCAGAAGAUGAGAGACGAGAUCAGCGGGGCCAAGAAGGAGUCGUACCGCCUCCGCGAACUACGCCAGGGGGCCGAGUGUGAGCUCAGCCGCCUCAAAUACGCAGAGGAGGAGCUGGUGCAGGUUCGUAUGGCCCUGAAGCGAGCAGAGAAGGAGAUGCAGACGGAGUGGUCGGUGCCCGACGCCCUACAGAUGUGGCUACAACUCACCCACGAGGUGGAGGUCCAAUACUACAACAUCAAGAAACACAGCGCGGAGCUGCAGCUCACGGUCGCUAAGGAAGAGGCAGAGAAAAUCAAGAGGAAGCGGAGUAGUGUGUUUGGGACCCUUCACGUCGCUCACAGCUCGUCACUGGACGAGGUGGACCACAAGAUCCUGGAGGCCAAGAAGUCCCUGUCGGAGGUGACGGCCUGCCUGAGGGAGCGCCUCCACCGCUGGCAGCAGAUGGAGAAGCUGUGCGGCUUCCCCCUGGUGCACAACGCUGGGCUGCCCAGCCUGACUGCCACCCUGUACUCAGACCACAGCUGGGUGGUCAUGCCCCGCGUCUCCGUGCCCCCCUAUCCCAUCGCCGGUGGGGUGGACGACCUCGACGAGGACACUCCUCCAAUCAUUCCACAGUUAACCUCAGCCUCUAUGAUGCGGCCCCCUUUAACACGCAAUAGCAGCCUGUGCCGUUCCCGCCGGAGCCUCUACAGCACUUCAAUGACGUCAGCCGACCCCGACCUGCUCUCCAUGACCAGCUCAGCCCUCUCCUAUCAUCCCGAGGGGGAAGAGGGAUACAUCUUCUUCAUGGAGAGAAAGGGGGAUACUCAGGACACGUGUUCAGACACAGACUCUCUCAACUCCUCCAUGGGGCGUAAACAGUCCUACACCAACCCCUGCACACCGGGCCCAGAGACCCCUUACCGCAAGAUCUCCCGUGAGGAGCUGAUGAUGCUGAGCCAGCAGGAGCCUCAGUCUUAUGUCCGGGACUCACCACCUCCUCAAGGGGGAUCCUCGGCCCCCUCCCCAGCCCUGGAGCACCACAGACACAAACACAAGGGUUCGCCCGACCUCACCCGUGGAUCUAUCCCAGAGUCCCACAGCAUGUCUUUCGCCACUUCGUCGGCAGGCAACAAGGCCAUGUACAACGGUAUCCUGGAGAAGUCCUAUAGCAUGGGCCAGCUGCACGCGAGCAUGACAGGGGCAGGUGGGGUGGCGGUCGGCCGCUACCCGUCCCUCACCUCAAUGGACAAUGAGGGCAGGGGGGCGGGGGCCAAGGAGCAGAAGCAACCGAGUACCUCCUCCCAGGACUCCAGUGGCAACGGAGACAAGGCCAAGAGGUCCUCGUCCAAAAUCAAGAGCUUGUUCAAGAAGAAAAAAUAGUCCUACACACACAGAGAGAGAGAAAGAGAGAGAUUCUAGCCUUAAAAAAAAUGGCCGUCAUCAAAGGAAGCCAAAACAUUAUUUUUGUUCCUUUUUUUUCUUCCAAGAUGGAAUGUAUCUCUGGCUGGAUCCCUCAUACCUCUUCCAGAUCGGAAGCCUUAUUUUUCAAUAAUGCCUUUUUUUUCACUCAUAGGGUGCUGCUGAUGCAUACCAGAUCUUACAACACCUGGAUAGGUAUUUUACUUAUCAGCGAAACACAUCAUAUGUUGUAGCAAUCUGUCAGUCGAUGAUGUGGCGCGCAAACAUUGGUUGAUGCAUGCAACGUAUGAGUAGGGUAACGCGACCAUAGCCUCACAUUUAAGCCUUCAAAGGUUACAGAAAAGUCAAAAGGUCAAGGGUCGUCCCAGCUGCCGUCGCCAAAGGCAAUCGUGAUGAGCAUUAGCCUGGUCACAUCUCUGGUCUUCUCUUGUUCUUUUUGAGUUAAAGAACCAAAAAAUAAAUAACACUUGUUCUACCUGAAAACUGAGGGGGUUUACAUGGUGGGCUUGUUAACUUGACAUCACUUCCUGUCUGACAGAGGCUCCUGAGCUCUGGACUCAUUUCCUUUGAUAAGUAAAAAUCCUGCUGAGUUUGUUGCACUACUGCCUUCCUGUUUUCUGGGAAAGGACCGCCGCUGCGUGAUGUGUAGAAGAGAUGUAUGGAUAGAGGCCUUGGGGAGAUGCAACAUGUGGUAGACUAUUGCAGCCAGAACCAGUUGGUGCGUUUUCCAAUGUCUCUCGUUAUGAAUGGUUCUAUAUACACACACACACACACACACACACACACACACACACACACACACACACACACACACACACACACACACACACACACACACACACACACACACACACACACA